UCGAGCGGAACAGUGGUUCGCUCGCGGCGAUUAUUUGUGCACAGACAGACUUGACUCAAUGGACAAGGUGGAAAUGUCCUGAUUACUGUGAUCUGUGUGGUUGCUAACCAGGAAACGACAGGCUAGGGAGCACUAGAAAGUUGUUAAGAAGUGUGUGUCGCGCGUCAUAAGGUGUGGAGUGCAUGAACCUCUGGACUGUCAGGAGAAAACGAAAGUGGGCAGGAGAGGUGACGACUUGCCUUGGGGACACAGAACAACAACAACUGUCAAAGCCUCAAGGCUUAAAAGAAAAGCUAUGGACGCUACUCAACACACCGCUCACUCACAACCCCCACAGUUCACCAGUGGUAACAUGAGUCCAGUGUUCGGCGGCUCAGAAGAGUCUGGAGGCGGUGGGGUAGCUGGAAUGGGAGCAGAACGAUAUCAAAGGACCCCGAAAUGCGCCCGUUGUCGCAACCACGGUGUGGUGUCGGCGUUGAAGGGGCACAAGCGCUACUGCCGCUGGAGAGACUGCGCCUGUGCCAAGUGUACGCUCAUCGCCGAGAGACAGCGGGUCAUGGCAGCUCAGGUGGCCCUUAGGAGACAACAAGCGCAGGAGGAGAACGAGGCUCGCGAGUUGAGCGUACUUUACGGAUGUCACGAGGGAAUCAUGGCAAUGCAUCGAGCAGGACUCACCUUUUCAGCAGCCAUGUCCCACCUGCUUGGGGGUAAACGGUCAAAAGAGGGACAGAUCCCCACUGAUGACCUCAACACCACUGCUGCUGCCACUAUCUCCAACAACUCCAGUGAAGGUGACAAGGACCCUGCUGCUGCAGUAACAGCUACAGCUAAUGUUGAGUGGAAGAAGCUAUUAACAGAAAAUGCUGUACACGGUGUGGUGAACCUCUCCAGUCCUAACGACCCCGGUGCCACCGAACGUCGUGAAAGCAAUAGCCCCGGAGGCCGUAAGGCCACCGGUGGAGGAGACGGACUCGAACCGCAUCCGCCCACGCUCAAUUCUGACGACAAAAUCGAUGAACAACCUCUUGCCUUGGAUGUCGCCAGUGGAUUGAACAAUGGAACAAAUAUUGGGAGCAGGUCGCCCUCGGGCUGGGCCGAAAAAGACGCUAUUGAGGCCACUUUUGUCAACAAAGAAUCGAAUUCUGUAAAUAAACAACUUGCGCUAUCGUCGCAAACUUCCAUUGCAAGCAGUGUUCCUGGGGAAGGAUUAAUCAGGGGGUCACCAUCACCGGCCGUUUCUCCUGCAUCACUAUGUACUUCGAGUAGCAAGUCCGACAACAAGCGUCGUCCUCUUGAUACCCUUGCUAAGCUCUUUCCACAUAGAAGUGCUUCAUCAUUGGCAACAAUCUUAGCUCGCCAUAAAGGAGACGUUUUAGCAGCUAUUGAGGAACUUAUGGCACCCGCUCAGACAUCUCCGUCUCGACCACCCCCUUCACCAUCGAGUCCUCCAGCUCGAUCGUCGGCCUCACCAACUUCUUCAUCUGAUGACAAAGACUGUUCUACUACCCGAGAAGUACGCGCCGAGUCGUUGACCGGGUUCUCCACUGGCGAUACUCCAUCAGCUGUAAGUCAGGCUGCAGCAGUGUAUUUCGCCGGACAAUUUCGCGCAAAUGGCCACCGAGGAGGUGGCGGCGGGACCCCUUACGCAGGGCUCGUACCUGGCCUGCCGCGUUCACUUCUUAGUCUUCCCGCUUACCCGGGCCUAUUCCCACCAGCAGCGCCCCUAUUCGCCAACCUGGCCACUGGGGGCAGCCUGCUCAACCUCAGGACGUGCGCAGACACCGAGGCCGAGCCGCUAGCCAAGAAAAGACGUUUUCCACCAUCGUCACCAGGACAUCAGAUUGGAGGCGACUGGAUGCAAGCACAGGUGCAUAGUCCCGAUUCGCAGCUUGGCUCACCUUUAGAAGUAAAGGAGUCCGAGUGAUGCACCGUGGAAAAAGACUUUAGAAAAAAAAGAGUUUAAAAAGAAAAUAUAGAGGAGAAAAAGGGCCUAGCCGGUAGACGUGAGUGAGGAUCUCCAACGAGCUUUACAAUGAACUUCUAGAUCCGCUUGGAGAAGUGUCGAUUUAUCGAAAGCAAAAUGAAGCGAAUUCUGGAAGUUCAUCAUCGAAAUGGAAGAAGCCAAGGAUGAGGCUGAUUAUUGAAGUCGGGGUUUAUGGGGACAGACGGACAAGGAAACGGACUGAACUGAGUUCUGACCCGUUAACCGCUGUGAAGGGGCGACGUAUAGCGUGCAUCCGGUGUACUAAGUUUGCAGCACCGUAGUUAUGGUGUUUGUUGUGAUUAAGUGAUC